GGCCGUGGGCGGUCUUAGGCCCGGCUGGGGAGCUGCUUGGCCUGUCAAGUUCUUCCGUCACUGUGCAGAAGAUCUUCAGUACAUGGUAUCAUUGGUUUAGAAUAAAGCAGGAGCUCCCACAGGGGGCAGUGCCUUCACCCUGGGCGGCUGCUGCCGUGUGUCUUGCCUAGAGAUGUAAAACUUCCAGAAAUUUUGAAACCACAUGAAAAAAAGCAAAACUUUAAGGAGCAGAAAUCUUUAGCCAGUGAAGUCACCAUGUCUGGGAUUGGGAACAAACGAGCGGCGGCAGAGUCCAGCCCCUCGGGACCUCCAGAGAAGAAGGCCGGGGUUGAAGACUCGGGGACCACUGUGGAGACCAUUAAGCUUGGUGGUGUCUCCUCAACGGAGGAGCUGGACAUUCGCACCCUGCAGACCAAGAACCGCAAGCUGGCCGAGAUGCUGGACCAGCGGCAGGCCAUUGAAGAUGAGCUGCGGGAGCACAUUGAGAAGCUCGAGCGGCGUCAGGCCACAGAUGACGCCUCCCUGCUGAUAGUAAAUCGCUACUGGAGCCAGUUUGACGAAAACAUCCGCAUCAUUUUGAAACGCUACGACUUAGACCAAGGCCUGGGAGACCUCCUGUCGGAACGGAAAGCCCUGGUAGUGCCGGAGCCAGAACCGGAUUCUGACAGCAACCAGGAACGUGAGAGGGAGCGAGGAGAAAGAUUUGAGCCUGCAUUCUCCUUUCUGGCUACCCUGGCCAGCAGCACCAGUGAAGAAAUGGAAUCUCAGCUGCAGGAACGCGUGGAGUCUUCCCGCCGUGCCGUCACUCAGAUUGUGACCAUGUAUGAUAAGCUACAGGAGAGAGUGGAGAUGCUGUCCCAAAAGCUGAACAGUGGAGAUGUCUCUCUGAUGGAGGAGGCUGUCCAAGAACUGAACACCUGCCUUGCAAACGAGAACAGGCGGCUACAGGAGCUGGCCGAUCUGCUGCAAGAAAAGCACCGCGCCAUGUCGCAAGAGUUUUCCAAAUUACAAGGGAAGGUGGAGACAGCAGAGUCUCGUGUGUCUGUGUUGGAGACCAUGAUCGAAGACCUCCAGUGGGACAUUGACAAAAUCCGCAAGCGGGAACAGCGGCUGAACAGGCAUCUGGCAGACGUCCUAGAACGUGUGAAUUCGAAAGGAUACAAGGUGUACGGGGCAGGGAGCAGUCUGUAUGGGGGCACCAUCACCAUCAACUCUCGUAAGUUUGAGGAGAUGAAUGCAGAGCUCGAGGAGAACAAGGAGCUUGCUCAGAACCGCCUGAGUGAAGUGGAGAAGCUGCGUCAAGAUUUCGAGGAGGUGUCAAGUCAAAACGAGAAGCUGAAGUGGAGCUGCAAGGCCGUCAUCGUCGUCGUCCGGGACCGUUGGGAGCGCGGGCGUGAUGAAGUCAGUCUCCACAAGAAAUUACGCACCGAGGUCAUUCAGCUAGAGGAUACCCUCGCCCAAGUCCGCAAGGAGUACGAGAUGCUGCGGAUUGAGUUUGAACAGACACUGGCAGCCAAUGAACAAGCAGGUCCCAUCAAUCGGGAGAUGCGUCACCUCAUCAGUAGCCUCCAGAAUCACAACCACCAGCUGAAAGGGGAGGUGCUGAGGUACAAGCGGAAGCUGAGGGAGGCUCAGUCUGACUUGAGCAAGACCCGUUCCCGUAGCGGCAGCGCCCUCCUGCACUCCCAGUCCAGCACCGAGGACACCAAGGAGGAGCUGCCCGAGAUCAAACAGGAGCCCGAUGAUGUCUCUGCUCCAUCUGCCUCCUCCAAGGCUCCCCCGGAGGAUACCUCUGAAACCAAGGCAAAGCGAGAUGAGGAGGAGAGGGAGCGCGAGAGGCGGGAGAAGGAGCGGGAGCGGGAGAAAGAGAAGGAGAAAGAGAAGGAGAGAGAGCGGGAGAAGGAGAAGGAAAAAGAGCGGGAGCGGGAGAAGCAGAAGCAGAAGGAGUCCGAGAAGGAGAGGGAGUCUGCCAAAGAGAAGGACAAAGGGAAGCACGACGACGGGCGGAAAAAGGAGGCAGAACUGAUCAAGCAGCUGAAGGCGGAUCUCAAGAAGGCCCAGGAAAGCCAGAAGGAAAUGAAGUUGUUGUUAGAUAUGUACCGCUCUGCCCCAAAGGAGCAAAGAGACAAAGUCCAAUUAAUGGCUGCGGAGAAGAAGGCCAAAGCUGAGUUGGAAGACCUAAGACAAAGACUGAAGGAACUGGAGGACAAGGAGAAGAAAGAGAGCAAAAAGAUGGCUGACGAGGAUGCCCUCCGGAAGAUCCGGGCAGUGGAGGAGCAGAUUGAAUACUUGCAGAAGAAACUGGCUAUGGCUAAGCAGGAGGAAGAAGCCCUGCUCUCUGAAAUGGACGUGACGGGCCAGGCCUUCGAGGACAUGCAGGAGCAGAACAUCCGCCUGAUGCAGCAGCUGAGGGAGAAGGACGAUGCCAACUUCAAGCUCAUGUCGGAACGCAUCAAGUCCAACCAGAUCCACAAGCUGCUGAAGGAAGAGAAGGAGGAGCUGGCGGACCAGGUUCUGACCCUGAAGACACAGGUGGAUGCCCAGUUGCAGGUUGUACGGAAGCUGGAGGAGAAGGAGCACCUGCUCCAGAGCAACAUCGGGACAGGAGAGAAGGAGCUGGGCUUGCGGACCCAGGCCCUGGAGAUGAACAAACGGAAGGCCAUGGAUGCGGCCCAGCUUGCCGAUGACCUCCGGGCGCAGCUAGAGCUGGCCCAGAAAAAGCUGCAUGACUUCCAGGAUGAGAUUGUGGAGAACAGCGUGACCAAGGAGAAGGACAUGUUCAACUUCAAGCGGGCUCAGGAGGAUAUCUCGAGACUCCGGAGGAAGCUGGAGACCACCAAGAAACCUGACAUGGUACCCAACUGCGAUGAGAUCCUUAUGGAGGAGAUCAAAGACUACAAGGCUCGCCUGACCUGCCCCUGCUGCAACAUGCGCAAGAAGGAUGCUGUGCUCACCAAAUGCUUCCAUGUUUUCUGCUUUGAGUGUGUGAAAACCCGCUACGACACCCGACAGCGCAAGUGUCCCAAGUGCAAUGCCGCUUUCGGGGCCAACGACUUUCAUCGCAUCUACAUUGGCUGAAUCUCUGGCCGAGGAGAGCCAGAGAGACGUCUCUGUUGCCAACCGCCCAGGCCCCUCUUUUACUCGCAGGCUGGAAACUGCUUCUUUUUGUGGGCUGCGUUCCCUUCUCUGUUUUUUUUAAUGCAAUUCUCCUUAAUUAGAGAGCUAAAGGGGGUUAUCUUCUGAUUCUCUCCACUAUUUUUCUUUCUCGGGACUGCCAUUCCCAGCACAAACCUCCCUCGUUGCCUCUGCUUCUUGGGGUUGACUGUCUUUGUUUACUUGGGCUCGAAUUCAACAGGCCCACGUGAAUCAGCCUUACACUGGAAAAUUAGUUUGAGUUGUUACAAGCCGUCUGUCUGUCUGUCUUUGUGGGUCUCUCUUAAAUGUAACUUUCCAUUUCGUUUUCUGAAAAACAAGAAAGCUUUUCUUUCCUGGGCAAGGUCCUUUCCCUGCCUCGUGUCCGUCUGCGCCGACAGGUGUCUUUGUUUUGAGAGGCUUGUGACAGUUUAACGGGGCCUGCGAUUUCUUCCUGAUCGAAAUGGCUCCGCGUGACCCUUGUUACCCAUUAAAGAGCUUGGUGUGCUGGGAAGACGGAACUCCAUGCAGGUGAGGGAUGAAGAGUGACACGGAACCAGCUCUGUGCUUCAAACCGCCCUUCUGAAAGGGAACAAAAAUGGCCAGUGAAAUGCUUGGCGGAGGGACUGGCGAAGAAGGGGCCUUCUCUGCGGGCUGUGCGCCUGGACAUGCUGAAGGAAGAAGAGGCGCUUGGUCUGAUUCACUCUUCAGUUCCCUUUUGUGGGACCCACGCAUGGCAUGGUGUGGGAGCAAGCCUGGGAAACAAUGCACAGUGCCAUUCCACGCGUGUCAGGUUUUCUGUGUAAACAGAAGCCUACAUGCAUCGACACCUACAUAAAUGGGACCCCUGUCUGCCAUCUGUCUGCCCCCCCCUUUUUUACAGCAGAUGGAUGAUGCCUACAGGGCCUCCUCAUGUAGGUGCUCCUAUUAGGCUUGCAGGGGCUGUGUGCACAGCGCUGGGACCGUCUCCUGUGCCCUGUUCUGCGCGGGAUCCACACGGGGGGGACUGAAGUGUGAUCCAUGUCCUUGAGACCAGCUUUCUGUAAAGAGGCCCCUUUGGACUGCCGGACUGGCACAUCCCUCAGAGGAUGUUUUGGUUUCUCCUUGCUCUCCUAGGGGGGAAAAAAAGGCAUUUUAUUUUUUGUUCUUUUGCUAUGAGAGUGAUUGAUUGGAAGUGCACCUGUUUCAAUAAA